AUGGCGACCCCUGUCGCUGCGGCCAAACAACAACUUAGAAAUUUAAUCAAGAAGCGUCUUGCCGGCCUCUCGCCCGAUGUCAUUCAAGCUCAGAGUCGCGCCGUCUUUGAGACUCUACAAGCCUCGCCGCAGUACAAAGAGGCCAAGCGCAUAAGCAUAUAUCUAGCCAUGCCGGCAGCUGAAGUCCAAACCGAGGCCAUUGUCCGCCAUGCCCUCAUUGCCGGCAAGCAAGUCUUUGUGCCCUACCUUCAUAAGUCAACCCUAUCUGAGCCUGACGCACCCGCUCGCAUCAUGGAUAUGGUGCAACUGCGCAGUAUUGAGGAUUAUGAGAGCCUCGGCCGUGACAAAUGGGGCAUCCCGAGCAUUGGUGCUGACGCCGUUGCUGGACGUGAGCGUAUUUUGGGCGACUCGCCAGGCAACUUCGGUCCAUCCCCAGCUACCCUGGACUUGAUGUUGGUUCCGGGUGUCGCCUUCAAUGCAGAUCCCGAGGCGGGCAUACGGCGUUUGGGUCACGGUAAAGGGUUCUAUGACUUUUUCUUGAAUCGAUACUUUGCUCGAGCCGCUGAGCAUGGUGGCCAUGGCUCGACCUUGCGGCUCACAGGCUUGGCCUUGACUGAGCAGUGGUUAAACUCUGAAGAUGGGGAAGUCCCAAUGGGACGGCUUCUCGCCGUCCGACGUCCUGGCUGCCGUGAUGACGAUGCGGAGUGGGGAGCAGGACGCAAAGAAGAAGGCACAUGCCUAUCUCGAGAGCUUUCAAAAAUCUGUUUGUCGCCCAUCAAUCUUUACGAGGAUAUUCUGUGGGUACUAACAUAUCAGAAAACAUCAUGGGGUACCAUUAUUGGCAUCCUGCAAUCUAAGGCCGAGCCGGAAGCAAUCUUGUUUGCUGCCAUCACGCUUCGUGGAAAAAUAACGUAUGAUAUCUCCACACAAGUUCCCGCGACCGAACUCCCAGCACUGCGAAACCAGAUUCUUCUGCUCCUCAAGCAGUUUGCCGUUGGACCUAAGCCCAUCCGUGUGCAGCUCUGUGUUUGCCUAGCCAUUCUGGCCAUCCAGAUGAAGGAUUGGAACGACGUCCUGCCGUCUGUGGUCCAGUCUCUCAGCGACAGCCCCGAGAGUCACGCUUGCAUCCUCGAUUUCUUGCGCGUCCUCCCCGAAGAAGUCACCGAGGGCCGAAAGAUUACCUUGUCUGAAGAUGAUCUUGCGGACCGUUCAAAGGUGUUAUUGGCCGACAAUACUGAUAGAGUUGUGCAACUGCUCAUUAACUACUCACAAUCUUCACCUGCUGCUGCACGCAACCCUCAACUAAUGGAAUGCAUCACAUCCUGGCUGAGAGAGGUGCCUGUUGGCAGCAUCAUCAACUCUCCGCUGCUGGACGUUGUCUUCCACGGCGUCACGGCCGAUGAAUGCAGUCAAGAGGCCUCUGAGUGCCUCUGCGUCAUGCUACGAGAAACGCGCGAUGUCGACGAGAGCCAAGAAAACAUACAGCUACUUUUCCCUCGCAUCAUCGGCUUGCAACCUCGCAUCGCCAUUGUAGCAGGUGAAGAGGAUGCAGAGGCAUUGAAGGCAUUGACCAAGGUUCUAGCAACGGCUGCAGAGAGCUGGUCUGUUGCUAUUGCGCGUCAACCCUCACACUUCCGACCACUUGUCGAGGCUGUUCUUGAGUGUGCCGCCCGAGACAAAGACCAAGACGUGAUCGAACACACAUUCCUCUUCUGGUACGAAUUGAAGCAAUAUCUUGUACUCGAGCGUUACAUCCAGAGCAGAGUUGAACUCGUCGAUGUUUACUCUAAACUUGUCGAUAUUCUUCUCAAGCACCUCCAAUAUCCUCGACCGGAGUCUGGAAACGAGGCCGACCUUUUCGACGGUGACCGCGAACAGGAAGAGAAGUUUAGAGAAUUCCGCCAUCAGAUGGGAGACACCCUGAAGGAUGCCUGCGAAGUUAUGGGUGUGACUGAAUGCUUGACAAAGGUUCUCAAUGCUAUCCAAGUCUGGAUGCAGAACCAUGCAAGUCAAGUUAGUGAUACAAAUGUGCCGAAUUGGCAAGAACUCGAGGCUCCAUUGUUUGCAAUGCGAGCCCUGGGACGUAUAGUGGACCGCGAGGAAGAGAUUGUGCUACCGCAGCUGAUGCCACUGUUGGUUCAGAUUCCAAACCACGAGAAGCUUAAGUUCGCCACUAUUAUGGUACUCGGGCGUUAUACCGAGUGGACAGCUGUGCACCCAGAGUACCUGGAGCCUCAGUUCAACUAUAUUGUCAACUCCUUCCAGGCAGACUCCAAGGAAAUUGUCCGAGCCGCUGCGUUGGCUAUCAAGUUCUUUUGCACUGACUGCAGAAACCUGCUUAGUGGGCAGGUACUGCAGCUCCAGACCUUUUAUGACCAGGUUCUUGACAAACUACCAAACCAAAGCAAGGAAGAGGUGACAGAUGGUGUGUCCAGUGUGGUCGCUGUGCAGCCUGCCGACCAGACGUACACGCUGCUGAAGACAUACUGCGAUCCUCUCAUCCAGCGUCUGAUGGCCAUGGCAAACCAAGCAACUGAUAAGGAGAGCAAGAUUGCUCUGGCUGAACAUCUUCAGCUCAUCACGGUCUUUGUUCAAAAUGUCACACCGGCAGUGAACCCUGGCGAUGCUAACCCGGCUGUCAAGUACUGGCAAGAAGUUUUUCCUAUUCUAUCGACAGUUCUCGAAAACUUUUUGGACUUUAGCCCCAUUUGCGAGAGAAUCUGCCGCUGCUGGCGAAACAUGAUUGUGUCGUACCGCACUGCAAUGGCACCUCUACUACCCGAGAUGGCUAACAAACUGGCGAGCGGCUUCACGGCCUCUCGCGAAGGAUGCUUCUUGUGGGUGACUGGUACCAUUCUUCGCGAAUUCUCCGAGGACCGUGACAGCGUGGACCAGGCGACGACCGAGAACAUCUAUAGUUUUUUCGAAGCACAAGCUACCGCGUUCCUGCGUGUCAUGACGGAACUUCAGCCUGCAGACUUACCAGACGCUAUCGACGACUUCUUCCGGCUCAUGAUCGAUGCGCUCCUUUACUACCCACAAAAGCUUAUCCCUUCCACAUUGUUGGUCCCGAUUUUCGAAGCAGCCAUCUAUGCACUGACGCUCGAGCAACGAGACCCGCUCGUUUCCACGCUGCACUAUGUUCGCGAUCUGUUGUCGUAUGGCAGCAACAAUCCGGCGACCAGCGAGGGGCUGCCGGAGGCUGCGGCACAGCAUAUCAAAGGCAUCAUCCUCAACAUGCUGCAAAGUCAUGGAUUGGGCCUGGUGAAGCAGGUUAUGGCCGGCAUGAUGCUCACUUUCCCACGAGACUGCUUCGCCGAUGGCAGUGGCGUCCUCUUGGCCCUUUUUGAAAUGAUUCCUGGCCAGACGGCCGAGUGGGUCGCACAGACAAUUCAACUGCUGCCCGAAGGUACGGUGAACGCAGCCGAAGCCAACAGACUGAUGGCCAAGAUUAAGGAGAGGCUGUCGACGGAUGACGCCAGUAAUCUCCGACAUGUGCGUGUCUUGCUGCAGGAUUUUACGAACUCGUACCGACGACGGAAUGUGGCGCCGAGGGAUGGGCUGGGACAGCUGGAGGCUAGGAGAUUCCAGUUUUCAGGCUGA